AUGUUCAAGGAUAGGAUGAGGAUUUUAACAAGGGUGAUCAUAAUUCUGGUUAUAAAAUGGGUCGACGUUAAGGCUGAACUGCGCAUUGCAUACGGUGAUGCUGCUGAUCCUGAAAAAUAUCCGUAUAUUGUUCACAUUACAAGCUUCAGUUUAACUGCUGGUGGUUUUGUGUGCACAGGCAUUCGCAUUUCCCGAUCUGUUGUUUUAACGGCAGGACAUUGCUUGAGCAACGGUAAAGAUCGACUAUAUACAGUCAGUUUCGACAAGAUGCGAGGUGCGACAACCGAUCACUACAAAUCAGUGUUUGCUGAUGAACGAAUGUUUUUCAAAGACACUGAUUCGGAAGGCACAUCGGAUGAAUGUGAGGUGGUCUACACAGAUGUGGGUUUGCUGAUUCUGAAAGGGAUAAUUCCGAUGAAGGGCUCUGACAAUACUCGUAUAUAUUCGCUUGCAAAAUUACCGAUCGCAGAUGUAGACGCCGAAAAGUGGGAACCUGAAAUAGGAGAAAACCUCAAAGAUUGCAGAGUUAUUGGCUAUGGAUCUACUGAACGAGAUGCACAUCAUCGCGAUCUGCAUGAACUGAAGAAUGUAAAAUUCAGUGAAUGUGGCACUGCACUUUGUGUUCCCUUAACCUCAAUGGGACGGGGUGAUUCUGGAGGUCCUUUGAUUUGUGCAUCGAAAACUGGUGACUACAACGUUAUUGGGAUUUCAUCCUAUUCAAGAGGUCUUUGUAAAGGGACGAAAUCACCGCGAUGUUUUGAUGAUGUACGAUUGUUUCACUUCUUCGUCUCGAUGAGUUUGUUCGAAUAG